AAGAGCUCGGUGAUAACAUGAACUCAGACACGCAGGACCAGCCCGAAGGCGUUUAGAGAAAAAUCCGUCGUCUUGCUUUUUGCUGAAUUUCAGCGGGACUGAGUUCAGCCACAGUUUCCGCAGUUUUCGUGCGCUGUGACGGAGAGGAGCGCUUCACCUCAGCCUGAGGGUGCUGUCACCUCACAGUGAUUCCUCCCCUCAGAACUUUGAGCCACUCUCUGUCUGAAUUCGUUCCAAAAUUGCCGCAGCAGUUAAAAUGCCUUUUAUCGAGCGCGUAUCGGACUCGGAGUUGGAGCGUGUGGCUUUGGAGCGAGUUGUCCCGGCCCUGCUGACUUACGGCUUCUGCUGCGUGGAUGAUUUCCUCGGGGAGCCGGUGGGGGACGCCGUGCUGGAGCAGGUGAAUGAGAUGCACCGCUCCGGAGCGCUGCAGGACGGCCGGCUGGCCGGCUCCGUCCCCGGCAUCCACCGGAGGAGCAUCCGAGGGGACAAGAUCGCCUGGGUGAGCGGGUCGGAGCGCGGCUGCGAGGCGAUCAGCUUCCUGCUCAACCUGAUCGAUAAGCUCGUCUCCUUGUGCGCCCGCCGGCUCGGGAACAAGGCGAUCAGGGAGAGGUCCAAGGCCAUGGUGGCGUGUUACCCAGGAAAUGGAGCAGGUUACGUCAAACAUGUGGACAACCCGAACUGUGACGGACGCUGCAUCACCUGCAUCUACUACCUCAACAAGAACUGGAACGCCAAGGAGCAUGGCGGCGUCCUCAGGAUCUUUCCUGAGGGGAAAUCCUACGUGGCCGACAUCACGCCACUUUUUGACCGGCUGCUCUUCUUCUGGUCCGACCGCAGGAACCCACACGAGGUGCAGCCCUCCUACGCCACCAGGUACGCCAUCACAGUCUGGUAUUUUGAUUCUGAGGAGAGAGCUGAGGCCAAGAGACGCUUCAAAGACUUAACAGCGUCCUCCGGGCAGCAGGGCAGCAGCUCCAGCUGAUGAGGAAACAUUGCCAUCUGGUGUUUGUCACCCUGAACUGCAGGAGAGGACGGCAGGAUUCCUUCUGGCUCUCGAAUCCUCUGGAAAAUCUGAAAGAAAAGGGAAAAAAAAGUAGUUUCACUCCAUCCUGGACUCUGGAGGAGUCGAGAGGGUUUUUAAGGUUUUAAGACCGAUAAGUGUGCGUUCCCUCAUCGCUCCAGCCGGCGUCCAGGACGGAGAGAACGACCUGCCUGCACUGCUCUGAGCACUCCUGGAUGAGCAAUGAGUUCAGGUGACCGGCAGCUGCUCAGGAACUUUCCCGCUUUACAUGAUGUUUGUGCAAUGUUCUCUCUGCUGAUUUCUGCUGCUGAGAUGGAGGAAAACAGCAGACUGCACCUUUAAGCUUUGCCUUCAGCUCGCUUCACACAAGAGGAGGAGGAGAGAUGGCAAGCGUUCAUCAAAGUUUACGGACAGAAAGAAAUUAGAGACCUGAUGCCUUCAAACCAGUGACGGAGAAAUAUUUCACACUGUAACAUGUUCUUUACAGAUCUUUAGAAUGAGAUGAAGAACGUUAAAGAACUGUUCAUGUCUGUUUACAUCCCGACUGCGAGCUGGAGCUCAGGACUCUGUGAAACAGUGGUGAGACAACGACAACUGAAAUGUCAGAAACCAUGAACACGACUUGAUGAGCGGGUCUGAGCAUCAAACCUGAAACGCUGCUGAAUCUUUUCUUUCCAUGACACUGUCAACUUCAGCUCCACAUUUUAGAGAGAAACGUUUUUCUCUCUGUUUCACGCCACGGCAUUAGUCUGACAGCUGCUUCGUUACAAAUCAACAUGUUUGCUCACAAAACACACAAACUGCUCAUAAAAUGAUGCUUUGUUAGAGAUUAAACUCCCCGACUAUUUCCUGGAGCUGAGCUGUUUAAUCAGCAGCUGCUUUAAUAAUCAUUCAAGUUGUUUUUUGGUAUUUUUCAUGGUUCCAGCUUCUGUUCUUAUUAUUUAAAUUAUUUUCAUUGAGCAAAAUCCAUUUCCCAGGAAAGCCUCUGAUAGGGGCUUAAAAGCUCCUAAAAAGCUGAUGAGUAGACCUAACGUUUUUCUUAUUCUAAAAGUCAAGAAUAAACUUAAACACUAAAUUCCAAGAAGAUUAAGAAAUUAGUCCUGUAAAAUACAGAAAUGAGAAAGAUUUAAAAGUGAUUUCAGACGAUACUCAGUCCUGCUCCUCAUGAUACGACUUCAUCUGCUCUGUUACUGGAACGUAACUGACGCCUGAAAGAAAACAGAUAUUAUCUGAAGCUCCAGUAAAUUCAGCGAUGUGAUGUUAAAACAGUUAAAUUGCAUGUAUUCAAAGCAACAGGCCGAGUGUUUCGGGAGAUCAAUCUAAACCCCGUUCUGUUCUGAAUGAUUAGUGCAAAUUUAAGGUCCAGAUGUUUUGUAUUUGUACGGUCUGAGCUGCUGUCCCACUGUUUCUGCUCUAAAUUCUGCUGAUUUUUAAAAUGUCCACCGGGGUUGUCUCUGCUCGCUCCAUCCUCCACUGAUGGAGAAGGACGAAGAGGACACAGAUUCCACUGAUGCAGCAGAUUUGAUGGGAGGCGAGUGAAGCGGCUGUCACACAGAGCAGGUGAAUAACUGAUGCUUUGUUCAAACGGCUUUUCAGAGACGUUAUUGAAAUGGAGUCGGGCUCCUGAAAUGAUAACGCCCAGUGCUUACACCGACUUACACCGCCUUUAAUACCGAUCUGUGCUUUUCACCGCAGCCGGACCGGACAGCCUCAGCUAGUUUUUAACGUUUUAGAGUUGCUGCACUGUGUUUGGUGGAAGAGUAACAGAAACGUUUGGUCUGACAUUAGAUUCUGAUUAAACAUCUGCUGAAAACUGUAAACUGCCACAAUAUUUACAGACGUGUUGAAUACAAAUGAU